UUUUCCUUUUUUCCAUUACAAAUACGCAAACCAAAUACUACAACUUUAAGCAAAGGUGCGUGCUAGGCUGCUACUAUGAAAUUGAAAUGUAUGUAUUGAUCAAAAUUCAGAAGGUGAAACCAAUUUCAUUUCAUACAAACCAUUGUACUGACACUAUUGAAACCCUAGACGUAUGACGGAACCGAUAUCAAUCGAAGAAGACGACCGGCAAGUAUCGGAACUUCAACAAUGCGGUGCGGCGGCGGCGAUAUGCAAAAAUCGCAAGGAGAAACGGAGGUUGACUAAGAAGGAGAAACGGAAGCAGAAAAGGAAGGAACUCGCCGAGAAGGCGCGCCAGGAAGAGGAGGCUAAGCUGAAUGAUCCGGAGGAGCUUCGCAGGAUUCAGCUGGAGGAGGAGAAAGAGAAGGAAAGAUUAGAGAGAGAAAGGAGAGAGUUUGAGGAGAGAGAAAGACUCUUCCUCGAAGAACUGGCUCGAAAGAAAGCUCAGGAGGAAGAAGAAGAAGAAGAGCGAAGGAGAGCAGAAGAUGAGGAAGAAAAAGCGAAACAAAGCCAGGUUGCUCUUGAGAAUGAAUCAGAUGGAGAUGACGAGUGGGAAUAUGUAGAAGAUGGGCCUCCCGAAAUUAUAUGGCAAGGAAAUGAGAUAAUUGUGAAGAGGAAUAAAGUGAAAGUAAAAAAGAAGGAUCCCAAUCAUGUGAUUGUUAAAGAGGAUCCCAAUAGGCCAACAUCCAAUCCACUGCCUCCACAAUCUGAAGUCUUUGCUGACUACAAGAAUGCUUCAUCUCUUUCAGCACUGCAGUUAUUGGAGAAUGUUGCUCUACAAACUCCGAAUUUUGGAACUGAGCAGGAUAAAGCUCAUUGUCCUUUCCACCUAAAAACUGGGGCUUGUAGAUUUGGUUCACGCUGCAGUAGGGUUCAUUUUUAUCCUGAUAAAUCCUGCACACUGCUCAUGAAGAACAUGUAUGCUGGACCUGGUCUUGCUUGGGAGCAGGAUGAGGGGCUUGAGUGUACAGAUGAGGAAGUUGAACGUAGUUAUGAGGAAUUCUAUGAGGAUGUUCACACAGAAUUUUUGAAGUUUGGAGAAAUUAUAAAUUUCAAGGUGUGUAGAAACAGUUCAUCUCAUUUGCGAGGGAAUGUUUAUGUACACUACAAAGAUAUAGAUUCUGCGGUGCUUGCUUAUCGUUCUAUUAAUGGCCGUUACUUUGCUGGCAAACAGAUUACAUGCGAGUUUGUUAGUGUAACAAAAUGGAAGGUUGCCAUAUGUGGGGAAUUCAUGAAAUCGAAGCUUAAGUCAUGCUCUCGUGGAAUGACGUGCAACUUCAUCCAUUAUUUCCGCAAUCCUGGUGGGGAUUAUGAAUGGGCAGAUUUGGAUAAACCACCGCCAAGAUACUGGUUAAAAAAGAUGGCUGCUUUGUUUGGAUACACUGAUGAGUCUGUCUAUGAUAGACGGCUUGAACGGAAAAACUCAGAAUGGAUGUUGAAUUCCUACAAGAUGCCGACAGCUGAUUCUGACAGAAUUGACAGGCAUCGCUCUGUAAUGUCGGAUUCAAGGGAGAGAAGGUCCAGCUCAAGGGAUUCAAGGAUCCACUAUAAGGAUUAUGAUGGUCAUAAGAGGGCACAUCAAGAGAGAGACGGCAGUAUUGAUAGGAAACGGCGCAAAAUUCUUGAUAAGAAACGAUACGUAGAGGAAACAGGACAACAUGGUAACAAUAGAUAUCAUAGUAGUGACUCUGAUGGGGAUUUAUCUGAGAGAGAGAGAGAGGGAGUUAUUAGGCGCAGUCACAGCAGAAGGAAAAGAUCAAGAAUCCACCAUAGUGAAAAAAUGGGGCAUCGACAUUGUAAUGGUGACAGCAAAAGAGGGGUUAGCCAUUCUGACUCUGAUGAUGAUUUGCCGGAAAAGAUUAGAUAUAGAGAUGCAGGAUCUGGAAACAAAGAGAGGGGCCCAAGACAUUGGAAGGAAGAUCAAAGUACAUAUUCUAGCGAUGAGUGGUUCAGUGAGAUACGAGACAGAAAUUGCCAUCACAAGAAAACUAAAAGAAGAAGCAGGUCUAGGCGUCAUGACAGUGCUCCAUCAUCGCCCGAUCGACGGGAUAAGAGAAGAGCAAGCCAUGAUAGUAGUACUACUGGAGAUUGGACUGCUGCUGUCACAGAUAAAAGAAAGCCAAGUUCUAACAAGAGUGUCGAUUCAGAUAGGGAUUAUCAAUAUCAUCAUAAUGAAGACAUCGAGGAAAGAGGCCGAUGGGAACCUGAUGAAGGUGCAACUGCAACAUUCUCUAAAAGUAGUAAAGGGUCUGAAAUUGAUGAUUCUGAAGAUCACAAUGUGGAAUCUGAGCUGAAUGAUGAUGGGGACUGUAGAGGGAGUACACCAAGGGGGAGCAGCCGAUCAAAGAAGCUAAAAGGAUCUAAAAAGAAUAAUAGUAGUCAUGAGGAAAAAGACAAUAAUUACGAUGGACACAAACAGCAUUAAGUUAAGCUCCUAAGGCAGUCAUUGCAUUACUAGUUUCGCGACUUUCAUACCCUAUAUAUAAUCAGUCGAAAUGUUAGGGAAAACUUGGGGGUAGAUAUGAAUGGUCUCGUGCAUCAACAAUUGGUAAAUUUUGGUCUUGAUCGUAAAUAGUGGACUCUGACUUUGUCCGAAUUUAAUUUCCCAUAAAUUUUCAGCUGCUGCUGGAAGUAUGAACAUUUAGCCCGAUCGGUGCUAUAGUACUUAACGUUGAUCACACCUCCCUUAA